GUGUGACGUCAUGAAUGCUUGGCUCCGGAAAGAACCGCCACCGAAGAAAAAAAAAAAGGCGGAUGUUAGAAGACGAAAGUAAAAGGCUUCAAACGUGCUCUUGGUGUGUUUGCUGGAAUCCAAAAUGUUGAAAGAGUUGGUGAAGGAGCGACUAAUGACGUCAGCUGAUGAAAUAUUCGCGCUGUUUGAAAGCACGAUAGCGUCGUACGAGGAGGAACUCUCACGAACAAAAGAGGAAAACGAGCGACAUCGUCAACAACUGCAAGCUGUUUGCAAGACUCUACAAAUCGAAGACGUCCAUCAGCUGAUUGGCCGUCAAGAAAAAUGUCCGGCUCAUUUGAACACUUCUUUGAAUCCGGAGGAUCCACAUCCCCCCAACAUUAAAAGGGAAGAUGAGGUUCUCUGGAUCAUUCAAGAAGGAGAGUGUCUUACAGGGUCGACAAAGGCUGAUCCCACCGACUUGCCACUGACUUUUGUCUCUGUGAUGAUUGAAGACAAAUCACCCGACUCCUUACAGUUUCAUUACAGUCUAAGUGCGGAAAACGGAGGGGCGAAACCUCCAAGUAGCAGCUUACCACAACACAUGACAACAGAAGCUGAUGGAGUCCCCAGUGGAGGAUCACAAGCAGACAACUUCUUAGCUCCACCAUCAAAUAGUGAGGUCGACGACAUGGACGCUGCCAGAGACCCUCUGAGCAGGGAUGCAGGGACUCACACUCACAUUCAACACUCUGAAUGCUCUCAAAACAAGACAGACGUCCAGCAGCUGAUUAGUCCUCAAGAAGAACAUACUCUUCAGCUGUGGGGCCAUUUGGAGCCGGGCCCCCAGCCCUCCCACAUUAAAGAGGAAGAGGAGGACAUAUGGGCCACUCAGGGGGGAGAGUGUCUUCUAGGGCUGAAGGAGGCUGAUCUCACUAUGUUGCCACUGACUGGUGUCUCUGUGAAGACUAAAGACCAUGAACAGGAAUCACAAGCAGACAACUUCUUAGCCCCACUGUCAAAAUGCCAAGACACAGCAUCACACUUUCCUGACAACACCCAAAAACUUUUAAGUGAUACAGAUUGUGAAGGUGAUUUGAGGACUCACACUGACAACAAACACUCUGACUGCUCUAGCAAGAAGACGGAUAAAAAACCUUGGACUUGUACGGUUUGUGAUAAAAGCUUUUCCAAUAAGGGUCAUUUAAAUCGACACAUGAUGACACACACAGGAGAAAAACCUUUCUGUUGCCCAGUUUGCAGUAAAAAGUUCUCGCAAAGGUCACCUAUGGUAUCACACAUGAAAACACACUCAGGAAAACAAUAUCCCUGUUCAGUUUGCGGUAGAAGUUAUUAUUAUAAGGCAAGUUUGAAAGCACACACGCGGACACACCACGGAGAAUUCAAAUAGACCCUUCGGGACCUUCCAUGUGGUUGAGAUUGCGUCAAGUUCUGUUCAAUCAACAAAUCUUCACACUUGAUGUCCGUCCUGUCUACUUUCCUGCACAUUCUGGCCAAUCAAUGUCAUUUUGCCAGCCAAAUUAGUCAUUUAGCUACGCUCAAACUUGCACGUCAUCCGUUUAACAUUUUAGCACACAGCUAAGCUACUUGUCAUCCGUUACAGUAACAAUCUCAACCAACUGCCAACCAGCCAGUCUUUGGAAGUAUUGACAUAAUGCAUCCUGCAGCUGGUAAUAGCAGAGUGAAAAUGCAUGUUCCCACCUGUGGUAAAAUAAGAUAGUUCAAAAGACCACUUAGUCAAUGUCUGUGUGAACUUGUAAGAAAAUAAACAUGUCUGUUGAGGAUGAAUUUACUUUUUCAAUUCACCAUAUACUUGCAAAUGAGCAGUUUUCUUUAGGAAACUUCCACGUGGAAUGGAUUUGUGCGUUGUUUUAAAGUUUAGCAUCAAUAACAAUACAAGUAAUGCAGUACAAUGGCUACAACCAGCCAUUAAACCAAGAGAAGAAGGAGAGAAAAUGUCUAAAUUGGUUAUGGUUAUGAUUUAUUUGUUUUAGACCCGUUUAACAAGUUACAUAAAGGGACAUCAUGUGGUUACGUUUGCACUUGGUGUGUGUUGGUGUACUCUCUUAAAUACAAUAUCAGAAUGUUCAAAGGUUUGGUGAUAGGAGCAACUUAUUUGGGCAACUGAAGAACCAUUCGGGCGGUUUUAAAGAAUAGUAUGGAAUAACAAACGGAACAAAAAUAAAGAAAAACACAUCUUUGAAUAAUAACCUAAGUAUGCUAAUAUAAUUAAUUGGAAUAAAAUACCUGUGUCAUUAAUUUAUUUAAUGUAAAAGCAUGUUUGAUAACGGUAUGUAAUACUGUAAUAUUUCAGUAUUUAAUUAUCGAAUUGUAUCAACUACAGAAAAGAGCUAUAAGGAUUAUUCAUAAAGUAGAUUACUUAGAACACUAACAUAUUAUUUAUUAAUUCGGGUUUAUUGAAAUUACAGGAGCUAGUCAAGUUACAGACAUUAUGUGUCAUGUUUAAGGCUAAAAGUAAAACAUUACCAGCAAAUUUACAAAAAAUGUUUGUCAUCACUUCUGAGAAUGAAGAGCAUAGAAGAAAAGGUCAUUUCCAACAUCAGUAUUCAAGGACAACUUCAAAACAAAUGUGUAUAUCAGUGGUGGGGGUUAAACUAUGGAAUUAUCUUUACAAUGAGAUAAAAGAUUGUAAAAAAUAUACUGUAUUCCAAUUGAAAAAUAUAUAUAAAGACAGAACAAUAAAAUCAUAUGGACAGCCAUAAGUGUUUACAUUUUGCUUCAUAUUUAUUAUUUUACUUAUUUUUUUGCCUGGUUUUGUAUUUGUUUUGUAUCAUCCCGUGAGGUGUAUAUUACUUCUUUUGGGUUUUUUUUGUUCGGUUUGUACUUCAUGAAGUUUUGCACUUGUUGUGUUUUUUUGUUUGUUUUCGUUAUAUUUGGAUGUAAUUGUUGGUUUAUAUGAUAUCAUUAAGUAAGUCUACGUAUUAUGUUGAAGAGGGCAGGAAAAUAUAAGAUUUUUCUUCAUCCUGCUCCUUCUCAGGCAUUGGUGUGUAACUGUAUAAUUGAAUAAUUGUGGUAUAAUUGUCUAUCGAUCAAAG